UACAAAAUAAAACCAGAGUGGGAAUACCACCGGCAUAUCUUAUACAUUUUUCAAGAACCAUCAUUCCCGUAACUGUACGUGAACUGAAACCACAAAAGAUGCAUCUCGUGUUUGUUUUGCCUUUCGUACUAACAGUAAUAAACGGCUCCUUUGCCAUUGAAUCGAAUUUCUAUAUGGAGGAAAAUUGUGCAAACAUCACGGGAGCUUGCGUUUUGGAGUCGGAGUGUCCUCAUUCGGUGCCUCUCCCGCACAAAAACCAGUGCCCUAUGCAGAAGAAAGAUGGCGCUGUUUGUUGUACCGACUUCCCUGAAAGUGAGCUAAAUUGUUAUCAGAGUCAAGAAGUCUGUCGCGAUCGGUGUCCCAAGUUUUUAGAUCGUGGUCGUAAAGGAUGUCCCGAGGGGGAAACUUGUUGUAUCUUAAUAUUUUAAUUUGUACACUUAUUUUUUCUUAGUAAAUAAUUAGCUUUUGGA